AUGGGGGCUUCAUUCAUUCCAAUUGGCUAUGUUAAAAAACUUAUUUCCCAGCUGACAGAUGAUCGUUUGGUGUCUACAGAUGGCUUUAUGCUCAACUUCUUAUGGGUACUACAGCAACUAAGUAUGAAGAUAAAGCUGGAAACGGUUGAUCCCAUGUACAUAUUUCAUCCCAGGUGUCGUAUUGACCUCCCAACAGAUGAGACAAGAGUGAAAGCAACAAUGGAGGAUGUUACAGCCUGGAUUGCUGAACUUUACAGGGAUCCGUCUCCAUUUUCUGAGCCGAAAUUCCCAACAGAAUGUUUCUUCCUAACCCUGCAUGCCCAUCAUCUCUCAAUCCUGCCAAGCUGCCGUCGGUACAUACGUAGACUGCGGGCCAUCAGGGAACUCAACAGGACUGUUGAAGAUCUGAAAAACAAUGAAAGUCAGUGGAAGGAUUCACCUCUGGCUACCAGGCAUCGAGAAAUGCUGAAACGUUGCAAGACACAGCUUAAGAAACUGGUGAGGUGCAAGGCUUGUGCAGAUGCUGGUUUGCUGGAUGAAAACUUUCUCAGGAGAUGCCUGAAUUUCUAUGGCAUGGUGAUUCAGCUGAUGCUUCGCAUUCUUGACCCUGCCUAUCCCAACAUAAAAUUGCCUUUAACUCCAGAAGUUCCGAAGGUAUUUGCAGCAUUGCCAGAGUUUUACGUGGAAGAUGUCGCUGAAUUCUUAUUUUUUAUUGUACAAUAUGCUCCUCAGGUGCUUUAUGAGCCCUGUACUCAGGACAUAGUGAUGUUCCUUGUUGUGAUGCUGUGCAACCAGAACUACAUCCGAAAUCCUUAUUUAGUAGCUAAGCUGGUAGAAGUGAUGUUCAUGACAAAUCCAGCUGUUCAGCCCCGGACACAAAAGUUCUUUGAAAUGAUUGAGAAUCAUCCACUCUCCACUAAAUUGUUAGUCCCCUCCUUGAUGAAGUUUUACACAGAUGUUGAACAUACUGGAGCCACUAGCGAAUUCUAUGACAAGUUUACGAUCCGCUACCACAUCAGCACCAUUUUCAAAAGCCUCUGGCAGAAUAUAGCUCACCAUGGUACAUUUAUGGAAGAGUUCAACUCUGGGAAGCAAUUUGUUCGCUACAUCAACAUGCUGAUAAAUGACACAACUUUCUUGCUGGAUGAGAGUCUGGAGUCCCUAAAACGUAUCCAUGAAGUGCAAGAGGAGAUGAAGAAUAAAGAACAAUGGGACCUGCUGCCCAGGGAUCAGCAACAAGCUCGGCAAUCGCAGCUAGCUCAGGAUGAGCGUGUGUCUCGUUCAUAUCUUGCCCUGGCAACAGAAACUGUUGAUAUGUUCCAUAUCCUUACCAAGCAGGUUCAAAAGCCUUUUCUCAGACCUGAACUUGGACCGCGAUUGGCUGCUAUGUUGAACUUUAACUUACAGCAACUGUGUGGCCCCAAGUGCCGUGACCUGAAAGUCGAAAACCCUGAGAAAUAUGGGUUUGAACCAAAGAAGCUGUUGGACCAACUGACUGACAUUUACCUACAGCUAGAUUGUGCUCGCUUUGCUAAAGCAAUUGCUGAUGAUCAGAGGUCCUACAGCAAAGAGCUCUUUGAGGAGGUUAUCUCUAAGAUGAGAAAGGCUGGCAUCAAGUCAACCAUAGCAAUAGAGAAAUUCAAACUGCUGGCAGAGAAAGUGGAGGAAAUUGUUGCCAAGAAUGCCCGUGCAGAAAUUGAUUACAGUGAUGCUCCGGAUGAAUUCAGAGAUCCACUUAUGGACACUCUGAUGACUGACCCGGUGAGGCUGCCAUCCGGAACUAUUAUGGACCGGUCGAUCAUCCUGAGGCAUCUGUUGAACUCUUCCACCGAUCCGUUCAAUCGUCAGACGCUGACAGAAAAUAUGCUGGAACCAGUGCCAGAACUUAAAGAGCAAAUCCAAGCGUGGAUGAGAGACAAGCAGAAUGCUGACCAUUAAGAAUUCCCUUGCAGCGCACGCCAACACCGAUGGAAGAACAGGGCGUGGGCUGUCCUGGUCGUAGUGGAGCAGACACACUUUGAAAGCUGUAGAGCUGAUUAGCAUGCCCACUGGCGCUGACUGGCAGUAGUGACCAGAAGCAUGUGGACGAGGAGAAAAGCAGCUUAAUUCUUGUACAUAUAUUUAAGUGAUAACGAUGGUCAAUAACAUGGAGGACAAGCUAGGAAGUUGCUUAUGUUACAAAACUGUCCUUCAAUAUGUCACAUUUUGGAGUUUUUACAGCUGAAUUAUUUUAGCAAAGAUGAAUGGAUCAGGGCAGCAUCCCUUCAACCUUAUUUUUUACAGCCAGAUAUCCGUUAAUUUGAUUGUGGUUAGAACCUUGGACAUUUUGCUGCUAAAGCAACUUUUUCCUCUUUAACUCCCUUCUUCCUCUUCCACCCAGCAAACCUGCACUGCUGUCUUUUCUUUCUUUUUGUAAUGCAAAAAAAAAAAUCCCUGUGAAAAUCAAAAUCAUUCCCCUGCCCUCAAAAGAACAUAUUCUGUGCGAUAACUGUGCCUGCAACAAAGUGUUAAUCUUGGGAUCGUAUUUUUAUAUUACACAUAUUUGCAUAUUUGGUUUUUAAUUGGUGUUAGACACAAGGAUGAUUUCAAAAAAGCAAAGACUUCACACAUGGAUUUUAAUUUCUGUUCUUUGAGAUGUCCCUUUUCUUUAUGUUGAUCUAGAUGGUCUGGCAUUUUUGAAAAGCCUUGUUAGAAAGAAGUAUGUUAAAACAGCUGCCAUGAAUGAGAUGCUUGGGAAUACCAGGAUUUCGGUGACUUUUUAAAAAAUAAAAUCCAUUCUUUUAAUGCUGCAGAUAUGAUAUAUGCUAAAUGACAGUUCUGAGCCAUUAGAGCUUGUCCGCAGAGAGCAGAUCCUUUUAUUCUUGGAGGCUGCAGUUUGGGGCAGGGGUCAUUUUUUAUGUUGCAUACCAAUUUGUAUCCAUGGCUUGGCCUUACCAAAGCAGAAAGGGUGCAGGAAAUGUAGAAUUACA